AUGAGUUCUGUGAAUUCAAGAUUCAAGAACUUCGGGUUUGGUAAACGGAAGUCCACCGCGAGCAUCCCUUCGCCAGACGUUCCUCAUUCGGCUUCAACCCCACCACCUCAAGGACCUCCAGCAGGCCAAGGUCAAGGUCCCCCUCAAAUACCGCAGCAGUUCGCCCGACCUGCCCCUGCGCCUGCACCUUCCAUUGCUUCUUCAUCACAACAGUCCCUCCCGACGAUGAACCAUCCCGGCACUGGACCUCGCCCGCCGAGUUAUACCGCAAACUAUCCCCAAGGUCCUGCUCCUCCCGGCGCUCAACAGCGCAUGAGCCCUCAGGCUCCUCAAGGUCCAGCUCGCACACCACCGUCGCAGAUGAUAGGCGGCCCACCACCUAUCAACACUGGUGCUCCCGUUCAAGGAUACCCUCCUCAAAUGCAGAUGGCAGGCGGUCCUCCUCCGGGCAUGCAAGGCGGCCCUCCUGGAUAUGCUGGCGCUACCGGCUAUCCCCCGCCUGCCCCUCCUCAGAAUCCAGGCAAUGCCCUGCAGCAGUUCGGUCGACCAGCCGCCGAGGUCGAGGGUCAGAGCAGGAGCAAAGCACAAUUGAUUGUCGGAAUUGAUUUCGGAACCACUUUCUCUGGUGUUGCAUUUGCGUUCGCAACCAACAACGAAGCGAAAGAGGACAUCAUUACGGAAUGGCCAGGUGCCGGUUCAUACACAAAGCAAAAGAUCCCCACAGUACUCUACUAUGAUCAGUACCAGAAAGUCGUAGGAUGGGGCCCGGAUAUCGCUGAUGCACUGGCUCCUACUGGAUACCCCAAGCCAGGCGUCCAAAAGGUUGAGUGGUUUAAGCUUCAACUUAUGUUGUCAGGGAACACCUAUAUCGAUCCUAUCAACUUACCGCCUCUGCCUCCUGGAAAGUCCGAGAUUGAUGUAGCUGCCGACUAUCUCUUCAAGCUGAGGCAGGCCAUGAGAGCUGCAUUGCAGAAAACCCUCGGCGAAGUCUUUAACAGAGAGGAGCGGAAUAUUCGGUACUAUUUGACUGUGCCGGCUAUCUGGAACGAUGCCGGCAAGGCUGCUACGAGAGCUGCAGCCAUUCAGGCCGGGUUCCUGCGGGAUGAAAACGACAACAGAUUAACCCUGGUUUCAGAGCCCGAAGCUGCCGCCUUGUUCUGUUCCAAGACCGGACUUCUCAAUCUCAAGGUUCAUGAUGCCCUACUUAUCGUCGAUUGUGGUGGUGGUACUGUUGAUUUGAUUGCAUAUGAAGUCGAAGACGAGAACCCCUUUACUGUGGCGGAGUGCACAGCUGGAUCAGGUGACUCCUGUGGUUCAACAGCCCUCAAUCGAAACUUCAGUAAUAUCCUGAGAACCAAGAUCAGGAAGAUGAAACUGCCCGACGGAUCCAAGACAGCUGGCCGUGUGUACGCUAAAUGCAUCAUGGACUUCGAAAACCGCAUCAAGGCCGAUUUCCGGAACAACGGCCAAAAGUGGGCUGUAGAUGUCGGUAUCGAGGCUGAGUUUCCCGAAGCCGGCAUCGAGGAAGGCUACAUGACCUUUACUAACGAGGAGAUCCUCCAGUGCUUCGAACCUGUCGUGAACAGAAUCUUGGAGCUCGUUCGAAACCAGAUCAUAGCAAUUCAGGCACAGAAUAGGGCCCUGCAGAACAUCCUUGUCGUCGGUGGUUUUGGUGCUUCAGAAUAUUUGUUCCAGCAGAUUAAACUGCAUGUUCCACCGCAGUUCCAGUCCAAGGUUGUACGGCCCAUGGACUCCGUCGCUGCGAUUGUCAAGGGAGCUGUUACCGCUGGUAUCACCGAGCGCGUUAUUACACAUCGUGUUGCCCGUCGUCACUAUCUCAUGGCUACCUUGCAGCCUUUCAAGGAGGGAUAUCACCCCGAGGCUUACAGGGUGCCGUCGCUCGACGGCAAGGAUCGAUGCAAGUUUACAAGACAAAUCUUUGUGCAAAAGGGCCAGAAGGUCAAGAUUGGCGAACCCGUUAAAGUCAGCUUCUUCAGACAAGUGGCGCCUGGCGCAACUCUCAUGUACGAGGACAUAUUAUAUGCUUGCGACGACGACGUAUGCCCCGAGUAUACCAAGGAUCCACGCAUAAAAGAAGUUGUUACUCUUACCUCUGAUCUAUCACGCAAGAAUCUGGAAAAGGACUUCGAGCGUAUGGACACACCACAAGGCACCUUUUACAGAGUUUACUUCGACAUCUACUUGACACUCGAUGGUUCCGAGUUCAGUGCUGAGUUAGUAUGUCAAGGAGAGGUUAUGGGCCGUUGUAGAUCUCGGUUCAGAUAA